AUAUUACAUCAAGUUCACAGAGUGAAACUGUUUUUAUCUAUACGUUGUACUAUCUUUGCGUUAAACACGUGAUACCGCGAUGAGUUGAACGAGCUUCGGUGGAACACGUUACAGAGAAAAGAGAAAAAAACGAAUUAACACACGUGGUGUGCGGUAACGUUUUUCAACAACAGUAUGAGCUACGGAGGCCGGAUUCUAUUCAAUCAGAAAGUGAAAGCCGGUGGUCGAGGAUCGCGACGCGCAAGUCUUCGAAGAGCUCAUCGCCGACGACGAUGUAAACGUUGAUGCAGCCCUGACUUACGUAAGCUGCUGCAGCAUAGUUGCGAUUCUAAUUUCGUUCAUGUGAUAAUAUUUGUGCGGCAUUACCGAGUUUUUUCGUUAUCUGAAAAAAUAACGUUCGUCGUGUUCUAAUUGUUCAAAUUUGAAGUAUCUCAUGAGUCGCGAAGUCCGAAUGGAACCGAAUUUCGUCAGUGAUGAAAAAUCAACGAAGAACAAUGCCACGGAGUUGAAUGAAAUUUAACAAAUAAAAUUGAACAAUCGGCACAGUGGUUUGCCUCGAGUAAAAUAUCUUCGAACCCCAAGUUUAUCCGUCCUUGUGUUCGUCGUCGUUCUAUCGAUUUUUAAAAAUGACGUCGCGGGUAAACGGCAGCAACGUUUUUACCUACGAAACUCUCGUCCACGCUCUUUCGGGUGCAGCGGGGAGCGUUGUCGCCAUGACGACUUUUUUUCCCUUGGACACCGUACGCAGUAGACUACAAAUCGAAGAAGGCCACGAGUCUAAAAACACACUGGCUAUUAUACGGGAACUGAUCGCAAAGGAAGGAUUCUUGACGUUGUACAGAGGAAUAGUCCCGGUACUUCAAAGUCUUUGCGCCAGCAACUUCGUUUACUUUUACACAUUUCAUGGCCUGAAAAUCCUAAGAAGCUCCCGGCACCAAAGCGCCGGAAAUGAUCUCCUCAUGGCUUCGAUCGCUGGUGUAAUUAACGUUCUAACGACGACUCCAUUAUGGGUCGUCAACACGAGGCUAAAGAUGAAAGGAAUCGAGACGCACAGCGAACAGAGCAAAAGCGAAUUCAAUACGCUUUACGAGGGAAUUAUUCACAUAUGGAAAACUGAGGGUAUCCAAAAACUUUGGGCCGGAACGCUCCCGAGUUUAUUGUUGGUAUCGAAUCCCGCCAUACAAUUCAUGACCUACGAGGCAAUUAAGAGACGAAUCGGAAAAAUUUGCGGCGCAACAGCACCGCCCGCCAUCGUCUUUUUUCUCAUUGGGGCAGUAGCGAAGACCGUCGCAACUACCGUGACUUACCCCUUACAAUUGGCUCAAACUAAACUCAGGCAUGGCCACAGCUACCACAAUCUAUCACCCGACGCCGGGACCCUUCAGAUUCUGAUUUACAUUUUGAAGAAACACGGAGUUGCUGGAUUGUACAGAGGAAUGGAAGCGAAACUUUUGCAAACAGUAUUGACGGCUGCACUCAUGUUCUUGGCAUACGAAAAAAUUGCUGCUUUUGUAUUUAGGUUAUUACUACAGAAUCGGAUAGUACGAUAAUAAAAUGAUAUCGAGUCCGAUAUGAGUGUUGUAUAAAUUACAAGGUAAAAAAAAAAUAAACGGAUGAUUUUGAUGCGAA